GAACUCAUUCCUUCCACCGGUAAAAGUAUAAAGAUGCCAGACAUCUAGAUGGUUGAGUACGGACACAACUGCCUGCUAAGAUAUUCUCACCAUGAUGUGGACCAACUCUGUCCUUGUCACCCUCGCUGGGGUGACCCAUGUCGCAUCGCAGUCAUUCCAGCAAACGCCAGUGAUGGGCUGGAACUCGUACAACCAGAUGUCAUGUAGUCCCAAUACCCAAAAGAUAACUACCACCAUCAACUCUCUCGCCAGUCGUGGCUUCGUUGAUGCAGGCUACAAGUUCUUCCAAAUCGACUGUGGGUGGGCCUCAAGAGAUGGACAACGUAACACAACGAGCGGCGCUUUGAAGGUGGAUCUCAAAGCUUUUCCAGGCGGCUUGAAGCCUCUGAGUGACCUUGCAAGGUCCAAAGGCAUGAAGUGGACCAUGUACUCGGAUGCUGGUGUGCGCAUGUGCGAUCCGCAAGCACCAAGCCCUGUCUUAGGCUCCUUGGGCCACGAAGCUGCGGAUGCCGACUUCUUCAAGACGCUGAACACCGAAUACGUCAAAUACGACAACUGCUAUGCCGAUGGACCUGCAGCUAGCCAGAACGCCCCCAAAAACGCCAGGACCGAUUUUGUCUCUCGCUUUGGCGUCAUGUGGAAAGAACUUCAACGAGUCGGCAUCCCUGGACUGCUGAUCUGCCAAUGGGGUGUACCUUUCAGCACAUCUACUGGCUUACAAGGACCUGUUCAGUGGACUAAGGGCAUCUCUACAUCCUUCCGGCUGUCGGAUGACAUCACGUCAGGUUGGGCGUCUAUGUUCCGCAUCUACAAUCAAGCCGUACACAUUGCGAAGUCCGGCCUAGUAGGCCCCGGACAUAUUGCCGAUGCUGAUCUACUCAUGGUGGGCAAUUCUGGUAUGACGUUUGAUGAGCAAGCUACUCACUUCGCUGCAUGGGCCAUGUUGAAGUCGGCGCUGAUGAUCUCGACUGAUGUUCCAGCUUUAUCAAAUGAGCUUGUUGCUGUUCUGCAGAACAAGGACCUGAUUGCUAUCAACCAAGACUCAGCUGUCAAGCCGGUCACGCUCCACCAGCGCUGGAGCGGAGAUCGAGACCUUUGGGCCGGCGAUCUUGCUAAUGGAGAUAUGGCUGUCCUAGUCGUAGAUAUCAGCAACACUGCUCGUACGCUGAGCCUGCAGCUUUCUGAGCUUGAUAUAGCUUCGGCAUCUAUCAAGGAUCUCUGGACUGGUACGACUAUCAGCGGAGCUUCUCUUUCCAAACAAGUCAAAGCCCAUGGAUCUCUCGCCAUCCGUCUCUCCAAUAUUCGCCGCUCGACAGCUACGAAGCCCACUUAUACAUUCGUCUCCGCAUCAACUGGCUCCCUCUCUUCGGGUGCAAACACCCAAUCUUGUUCAGGCUGCACCUCAUCUAACAAAGUCGGCAACCUGGGUGGAUCUUCGAACGGCCGUGUAACGAUCUCCAAUCUUCGCACGUCCAAAGCCACACAGACAGUGCUUUUUGACUAUAUCAAUGGCCAGGUUGACUACAUGGGCGGCAGCAACGAGCGCGUCGCAGCGAUCAGCGUGAACGGAGGAGCCGCGAAGACCGUUAGCUUCCCUCUGAGCGGGUACAAUUGGGACAAAGAUGUGUACAAGAAUUACGGCGUGGAGUUGUCGGGCUUCAGCACUACGGGUACUAACACCAUCACCAUCUCUGGUGUUGGAAGCGCGUACGCACCAGAUGUUGACAGGGUUGGCGUAGUUGCUUAGCACACGGCCGGUCUCACUUCGGUGUAUCACGGUCUUUCCAGCCACGGCUGAUUAACCGCCUCAGCCACCUCUAGUGGCCUGAAUGUCUGUUUUGCGACAAGCUACGGAUGUUUCUGAAGUACAAUGAAUAACAUCACUCUAUAUUCGGCCCGAUAAAGCUUCAGACCGUUAUUCAC